GUUGUACUGGGUCGUCGUGUCUGUUCUCAGAAGAAGUACUAGGUGUCUAGCCCCAAGCCCUUUGGUCUUUUCACAAGGAAGUGCUGAGUCUAGGUUGAUUACCUGCAACUGACUUGUGCUUCAACUGACUUGUACUUCUCUUGGUCCUUGUUCUCGUUCUUUCUAUCAUCUGAAUCUGCGAAGCCGCGAAGCAAGAAGAUGACAGGUGAUCCUUCCUCCUCUCGCCAUCCCUCUCGCUCUAGAGAGUGCGCCUCUCGUUCGAGAGAGUGUGGGGGCCAGCCAGAGACGCCGGGUACAACUGAAGUUAAGGCCCCCUACUUUCAGGAAACCGUUACCUCGUUUUGCGUUUUUAGAAGUUCGCUGUACUACUCUGACGAAGUAGUGUAUCCCACGCAGUGUUGUUGUUGAUGAUGUAAGUAAUCAUAUUGUGGCUACGUUUGGUUUUACUUGAUAGUCUAUCCUUCGGUCCUCUUGCUCUUCUUUUAAGAAGGUAAGUACAACAAGUUGGCUGAAAUAACCUCAAUCCCAUUUGACAGGAUGGGCCAUGAGGUAUCAUGACAUGAUAUUUGUCUUUUUCGCGUAAGCGUGAGGAUCCACCUAACAUAAUCUUUUUCGAGGAGCCUACGAGUACGACAUUGUUUGUGGAAGUAGUCACUCCAUAAGGUCUUCUAACCACAGGAGAAGGAAAACGCGGACGAAGGAGAAACCGAUAAAACAAGCGUCCAGACUUGGUUUAGAAAGGCAAGGCAGUAAAUCCUACAGUAAAUCCUACAAAUCCAAGAUUCCGCAACAGUCACGGGGCACGCAGUUGCUUCGAGAAGCACUGAGAAGACAGAAAAAACGAAGAGUCUUAAGGCUCCUCUGCACCAUGAGCAAGUACUUAAUAGAAGCAAACUCGAGAUGGAGGUACUUACUAAUACUAUCGCGGCUAAUAGUAAUAGAUUUCGAUAUAAUGGGAGGUUGUCCGCUAGAACGUCCUAGGGGGAUGCGAAAACUCAAACUACGAAGCAUAUUCGAACUAGAAGGAUUCCUCGUUGAGAACCAAAACUAAGAAACGAACCACGUAUCGAUUUGAAUUUGAACGUGACUGAAAGUUUACAGAACGAUGCUGUCCCACUGCCUCUAAGUUUACAGAAAGCUACGAGUUGGACCGAGGAUGCAUGGAUCCAAGAACAGUUGGGAAGGAAAAAAAAAUCUACGACUCGUAAGAAAGAUGCCGUUGCUGUGGACGUGGAUGUGAACACUAGCACCGAGUCAGGGAUUGUCGAGCGCGAUGAAAUUGAGAAGCACGUCACUCCCGGAGAAAAAGAAUGUUCGACUCUGGCAGCUGUAGCUGAGGAGAAACAUACAGGAGCAGCAAAGAAAGUGUAUCAAUCAAAUGGAAAUGUUGAACAACAACUUGCAAAAAAUAUCGACGCUAGAGAACAAAAGGAGCACGCAGAGGAAGCAUAUCCAUAUGAUCAACAACAAUCACACAACCUACACCAGAACGAAAUUGAAAAAAUCCAGCAUAAGAACCUCCAACAAGAAGACCACGUCUCUUCCUCAAACAAAAAGGAAGAAAAGUCGACGACUACAACUACAAAGUCCUGUAAGCCCUCGUUAGAGUGGAGAAAUCUGACUUUUCAAGUGGGGAGUGGAGCAAAUCAAGAUCCUAAGACCAUAUUGGAUCGGUGCUAUGGCAGGCUGCAUCCGGGAGAGCUGUGUGCGCUUAUCGGGCCAAGCGGAGCUGGGAAAAGCACGUUGAUGAAUCUCUUGUUAAGGCUACAACUAAAUACUGACUCUGACAGUCAUACACUAUCACUAUGUUGAUUGCAGCAUUGAUUAAUAGUACAGCAUACUCGUACGAGUACAACAUGAAGAACAUCAUAGACAUACAACUCGUACAUUAUGAAAGGAUCCUCCUGCAGAAGGCUUUUAUUCAGCUGGUGAAAGCUCUAAUGGUAGCGGGAAGGCAAGACUGGGGUUGUUACGAUCCUUGCGACAAUCACGUUGAUGCCUAUCAUGCCGAACAAAACGAUGAUGAGCCAGAUGUUGAUAACAACGUUCAAGUUGUAGACAAAGGAGCACCAUCUUCGCCAACUCGGACUCACCACCUGGUAUCUUCGUCUGCUGCUCUACGACAAGGAACUUCACGACCAUUAACAUCUUCUGCUACUGCCACUAAUAUCAAGAAUAACACGAAGGUGUACAAGACAUCCACAUCUUCUAAGGGUACUUGCACUAUGUACAAGACAUCUUCUAAGGGUACUAUGGGUAAAAACGUGAGGCAAGAAGGGGUUGACGGCUACUCGUCUUCCGCCUCUUCAGCCGCGACAACUACGGCAAGCGAAAGUGAGUCCUCGCGUGCCUCGAGUAACCUAACAUCCUGCGUCGGUAGCGAAGGUCUUUCGGAUGUCUUUGCAUCAAGUAGUUGUACUGAGCUUACGACGGAUAACGAGGAGAGCCAGGAGGAUGCCUAUUCCUCAGUCUCCGAAAUCGAAAUGGAAGAUAAUGCUGAGGGAACUACGAUACGCAGAGGACGAAAACAAGUUAAGACCAAUGUACUAAGUAGAAUUUGCAUCUUCACGCGAGAUAAGGAAAAGCAUUCGGGAAACAGAGUUUUCCUUUUCCCUAAAUCCUUGAAUGAGAAACAUUUAUUUCAAUCGUUCAACGAGGACAAUAUUAGACAUAUUAAGCAGGUGGUCAGUUCAGUUCUAAUGAACACUACAAGAACAGGGCAGGCGUUUUCAAGAGAAAGACUAAGCGGUGCAACAUUGACGAAACUACUUGUACAGGAGCCACAGGAAAUAGCACUACAACACGUGGUAUGAAACGAAAAAGUGCACUCACACUCAAGGAAUCGGCUAUGAUUUAUGUAGUAAAAUAGCCACUUUUUUAGAGUUUGAGUGCACUUUUUUCUUUCAUACGUGGCACAGCCCCUGCAUCUUCAGCAAAUAUCAGUAACCAGUCUACUACAAAUGCACUAGCACAACGAGCUUCUACAUUGGCUCCAGGCGCACUCCGUUUGACCGGGUCGGUGCGGUAUGGGUCACAGCUGUUGACUCAAGAGACACUGAAACAAAGCGUGUCCUACGUCAUGCAGGAAGACGCUCUACACCCAAGGCAGACUGUAUAUUAUGUUGUGGUCGUGAAAGACAAAGCCAUAUUUAUUGAUUUUGACUUUGAUUCUUAGGCCAUCAAGAUUACAUGUUGAUUUGACAACAACAAAAGUAGUAUUGAAAUAGUUCUACAAGUUAGUGUCUAGUAGAAGAGGUAAGGUUGGCCACGCUCACGCAUGGCCAUACCAGGGCGGGCACCCGUAUGACAUUGCUUCUGUUUGUGUUUCUUCUCCAUAAUCUUCUCCGCUUUAUGUCUUUUGUUCUCUAAGCUUGCGAAGUGCUUCUUUUCGCAGCUAGGAUGCGACUGGUUGGCCAGAGUGAGGAGCGGAUGCGUGAACGCGUCGCAUCUUUGAUUAAGGCUAACCCAGACUUCAGCGCUACUACACAAGGCUAACUGCGAGAACGCGCAUCACCUCAGACACUUCAUUAGUGCUCACUGAAGAAGAGAGAAAGCCUCUAAUUUGAUGCAACUGGUUGGCCUCGAAGGUUGUCGGGACGUUCUCGUUGGAGACCAUUUGAUCAAAGGCAUCAGUGGCGGCCAGAAGAAACGACUAUCCGUUGCCAUCGAGCUAUUGACCUUAUGAUGAAAAUGAUGUAGAUGUUUUUUUGUUUUCAUGCUCUUGGUUUUUUGUUUUUGUUUCAUUUGAAGGUAGUGUUGAUGGCGUAAGGAUGUAGUCGGAGAUGAUGUACUUAGAAUGAGUGUUACAUGUUGUACAUGUACUGGUAGUACUCGAAGUAAAAACUAGGUGGACUUGACUUGAAUAAAUACAAAACGAAGUAACUAAGCUGGCAAUAAAUACAAAAAAAAGUAGGUCCCCUCUAAUCCCUAGUCCCGAGAUCCUCUUCUUGGAUGAGCCUACUAGUGGACUAGACUCCUUCUACAGCCUGGCUUUGAUCCGGUCUUUACGGGAAAUCUGUCGCGCUGAGCAGAACAUCAUGUGCUGCACCAUACAUCAGCCCAGUGCUUAUGGCCACGCCCACGACGUUCGGUAUUAUAUUUAUUGAAGUGACCAAGACCUGCUAGAUCGUAUAUGGUCCUGUUCUUCGGUGUUAAUAUUAGUGACGUUUUACCAUAGCCAUAUUUAUAUGGUCCGUCAGUGUCAUAUUAACAAGUGAGAGUGACGUUUUAGUUUUACAAGACCCAAUCGUCGUGUUUAUAUUUUUUGAUACGGUACUCGAUGUAGAUGUAUCUUCAUAGGAGAAAGAGAGUAAAAGCUACAACAGCACAUUACAGGGGGGAUCGCUGAUCCGGUACAUCAAAAGAAAUGGCCAUAAUGUUCUUGUGUAAUUCGGGAGGACUACUAGUCUACGACCGAUGUCUUCCAUCUCUAACGUUUCGAGUUAUUCUCUAUGUUUGACCGGGUUUACUGUCUCCGCACAGGCCGCGUACUUCUUUGUGGUGCUUUGCAGGCAGGGUCUGUCAUCCGCGAUCUACGAGCGUUUGGCCGGUUGAUCUUGAAGAACUCACGUGGUCGGAAGGGUUUUUAUGAGAUUGGAAAGUAGCUCUAGCUGUUGUUGUAGAAAAUUGCAGGCAAAAGUCUCUACGGAUGAUGCUAGGAAAUCUGUCUACUUCUAAAAAACGGAGGCUCGGGAGCAAGAGGAGAUUGAAGAAGAUGCUGAUGACGAUGCGGACGAAAACGAUGCAGGAACAGACGAUCAAGUUACGAAGAUUUUCGAUCAAAGCAAUGACGAAUUCAUGACUUCUAGUAACUGACCUAUACGACAACAAGUUAACUCAACUAACUGUUGUUGAUGACUUCACUGUUGAUGACUUCUAGAUCUAGGGAGAAGCUUACCAAGUAACUGACCUAUAAGUCAACAAGUUGACUCAGGUAGACUCCCUCUGCGGCUGCACAUAUUCGCCCGAGGAUACAGGUCAAACUGUGGACGGCGAAUCACCUCCUAUGAUCCUAUCCUAGUCUAACUCUUCCCGUUCGUCUCUACUUCUGUUACUUACAACUUCUAAUCCCCACUCCUCUCCCGAGUCCGAGUCUGAGCAAGAAAAGCAUGCUCUCCUGGAAAGGGGCUCUCGGAUUAUCCAGAAAACGACGUCAAAAAGGAAAAGUACUAGUGGAUCCGAGAAAAUGGGGUCGCCUAGAACGUCACCUAGAACCACCACAAUGUUGACAACCAUGAAGAAGGAACGGAAAUCUUCUGUGGGACGAAGUCUUCCUUAUGAUUUUGCGAAGUUUUAUACCAUAGUUGUGCUUGUACUUGUACUUUUAUUUCUGGAGAACACUCAUCGUUGACCAAAAACCGACUUGACCAAGAGACGCGACCCCUCUCCUCCUUCAUCUUUUCCCCCCGACCCCUCUCCUCUCCUCCUUCAUCUUCUCUCCCUCUGCACCAUCGAGAAUUUGCUGUUCCAUGUUCGUCAGCCCUUGCGGAUCGGAGACAAUAUGGCAGAUUGGCUGCUGUACUUGGCGCAGACGCUACCAGCGGAGCAACUGGAACAAGCGUCUCAACUGA